CCCCCCCCACCAAAAUAAAGUCAACUGCGCAUCUACAACUUCCCACGUUCGGCACCGUUCUCUACCCUGCCAACUCCAUCAACCGCAACCUUCCCAGAUCAGCCCGGGACUUCUCUGUCCCACGCCUCUUGUGGUUUCACUCCAUUAUCGAAUACGAACGAUCAAAAGACUCGAACGCACAUAAUGGCUGAGCCCAUCCGUAACAAGCGCCUCGAUCCGGCCACCGCGCCUACGCCGCAAAACACUCCCCUUCAAAAUGCGCCCAUUUCGUCGCAUGCCCAGCAGCCUGGCGUCGCCAGCAUCAAGGAGGAGGAUCUCGAUCGUGCCGCUGCCGCCUCCAUCUUUGCUCAGAACCCCAAGCUCGUCCAGAUGAUCCAAGGAAGACUUGGUUCUCUCGUUGGCCGAUCCUCCGGCUACAUCGAGUCGCUGCCUCCCCAGGUGCGUCGCCGUGUUGCCGGCCUCAAAGGCAUCCAGAAGGAACACUCUAAGCUUGAGGCCGAAUUUCAAGAGGAGGUUCUCCAGCUCGAGAAGAAGUACUUUGCCAAGUUCACUCCUCUUUACGAGAAGCGUGCCAAGGUUGUCAACGGUGCCUCUGAGCCUACAGAGGAGGAGAUCAAGGCUGGCGAGGAGGAUGACGAGGAUGAUGAUGAGGAGGUUGAGGAAGCUGAGAAGGGCGAGAAGGCUGCCGAAUCUACUGAGCCUGUUUCUGGUAUCCCCGAGUUCUGGUUGUCUGCUAUGAAGAACCAGAUUUCUCUCGCCGAGAUGAUUACCGAUCGCGACGAGGCCGCCCUCAAGCACCUGAUCGAUAUCCGCAUGGAAUACCUCGACAAGCCCGGCUUCCGCCUGAUCUUCGAAUUUGCCGACAAUGAGUUCUUCACCAACAAGACCGUCACCAAGACGUACUUUUACCAAAGUGAAAGCGGCUACGGCGGUGACUUCAUUUACGACCAUGCCGAGGGUGACAAGAUUGAGUGGAAGGAGGGCAAAGAUUUGACUGUCAGAGUCGAGAGCAAGAAGCAGAGAAACAAGAACACCAAGCAGACCCGAAUUGUCAAGAAGACGGUGCCCACCGAAUCCUUCUUCAACUUCUUCUCUCCUCCCCAGGCCCCGGCCGACGAGGAUGAUGACGCUGCCUCCGACAUCGAGGAGCGCCUCGAGCUUGAUUACCAACUCGGUGAAGACAUCAAGGAGAAGCUCAUUCCCCGUGCCAUUGACUGGUUCACCGGCGAGGCUCUGGCCUUUGAGGAGCUCGACGAUGAUGACCUGGAGGGUGACUUCGACGAUGAAGACGACGAGGACGAGGAUGAUCUUAGUGAGGACCGUGACGAGGAUGAGGAGUCCGAGGACGACGACGACACCGGCAAGCCCAAGCAGGAGGCGGCUGAAUGCAAGCAGAGCUGAGCGAUGACUGUCGUGUCGGUCGACUGGAUUGCUAGGUUCUUCACGUUCAUGACAGACUUCAUUAGGGGAGUGCGUGAUGGUCAUGCUCUGAUUCUUUCGCGUCAUGAAGGGCGGCGGCGUCACGCAUGGCGCCACGUCAACAAACCCGCUUUGAGGGUUAAGCCAAGCAGAGCAGCAUUGAAUGGAUGAGCUUCUCGCUUGAUAGAUGGUAAUUGACGUUUUGGUCUCAAACAUUCUCAACGAAACGGCCAUCUUACGUUCUGGUCAUGAAUGAUGCUAUACGUCGGUGCUAAAAUGGAUUUGUAGAAAGGGUGUUCACCCGAAUUUUCCUUCAUGUAAAACGGGUACGGGCAUUAACAAUGGAAGCAAUAGACAGGAAAUAAGUCAUAUAAGCAAAUCUUCCUCUUACUUGCAUUUCCAAGGUGGGGUGGGACG